UUUUAAACUAUGUUUACACGUAUAUUCAUUAAUUUUAGCUUAUAGAUACGCAUUGUUUUAAUAUACGUCAAGACUUAUAAAUACAGGAGACGCACACAUAUGAUAAUUAUAUGUGAACAAGAGCUGAGACUGUGUCAACUGUCGUACAGUUUACAGACACAUUUUUCAAGUGAGGUAUGAGUAGGAGCCUGGAGAGUGUCGUCAAGGAGGCACUGGGGCUGUCAGUCUUGAAGGGAACGGGGCAGGCAGGUGGGGGCAGCAUCAACACCGGAUCUGUGUACGAGAGCAAUAAAUAUGGCCGCAUCUAUAUCAAAGUCAACUCCAAGCUGGGGGCUCGUACAAUGUUCGAAGGAGAGCAAGCGAGUCUUGAAGCUCUAAGUGCGCCAGGCAUUGUAACUGUUCCAAAGCCUAUAAAGGUAGUUGACCAGCCAGGGGGUGGGGCUGCCCUAGUCAUGGAGUACGUGGAGAUGGAGGGGGGACUGAGACAGCACGCUGCACUGCUUGGAGAACAGCUGGCCAGACUUCACCUGCACAACUCCACCUUGGAUGCCAAGGCCCAGCAGUCAACAGGCAGCGUUCAUAAGCAAGGCGAGGAUGACCAGUAUGUUGGUCAGUUUGGUUUCCAUGUGAACACAAGCUGUGGGUAUCUGGAGAUGGACAACACUUGGUGUGACACUUGGGAGAAAUUCUACGCAUGCAAGUUAGAAAAGCAGAUUUCAAUGGUUGAAAAGAAUGAUAGUGAGAGGAAAGCAAGGGAGCUAUGGAAUAAAUUGCUGCCUAAGUUAUCUUUGUUCUUUGAGGGUUUGCACAUCACACCUGCCCUAGUCCAUGGGGACCUGUGGGGUGGAAACGCCAGUGAGAAUGACAAGGGACCUGUUAUAUUUGAUCCAGCAAGUUUCUACGGUCAUGCAGAAUAUGACCUUGGAAUAAGCUACCUUUUUGGUGGCUUCAGCGGGAAAUUCUAUGAGGCAUAUCACAAGGUCAUACCUAAAGCGCAGGGAUUUGAGAAAAGAAAGGAACUCUACAAACUUUUCCACUACUUAAAUCAUUGGAAUCAUUUUGGAGGUGGCUAUAAAAGUUCUUCAUUAUCAACGCUGCAAACCUGUGUAAACUAUGUCUACCUUUAACUUGCCAAUGCAGUCAAUGGUACAAGCCUGUGUGAACUAUGUCUACCUUAAAUGUGUCAUUGAAGUCAACGCUGCAAGCCUGUGUAAACUAUGUCUACUAUUAACUUGCACCUGUAGUCUAUGGUACAAGCCUGUGUAAACUAUGUCUACUAUUAACUUGCACCUGUAGUCUAUGGUACAAGCCUGUGUAAACUAUGUCUACUAUUAACUUGCACCUGUAGUCUAUGGUACAAGCCUGUGUAAACUAUGUCUACUAUUUACUUGCACCUGUAGUCUAUGGUUCAAGCCUGUGUAAACUAUGUCUACUAUUUACUUGCACCUGUAUGGUACAAGCCUGUGUGAACUACAUUGACCCUUAAUGUGCCAUGGCAGUCAAUGCUACAAGCCUGUGUUAGCUAUAUUGACCCUUAAUGUGCCAUUGCAGUCAAUGCUACAUGCCUGUGUGAACUGUGCCGACCUUAAAUGUUACAAUGCUGCUAAUUCUAAAUGCCUGUGUGAACUUUUGUCUACCCUUAAAUGUUCCAUUGCAGUUAAAGCUACAAGCCUGUGUAAACUACUGGUAUGUCCACCUCUCAUUGCAGUCAAUGCUACAUGCCUGUGUGAACUAUGUCUACUUUUAACGUGCAAUUGCAGUCAAUGCUACAAGCCUGUGUUAACUACGUCUACCUUAAAUGUUCCGUUGCAGUCAAUGCUACAAGCCUGUGUAAACUAUGUCCUCCCUUAACAUGCCAAUGCAGUCUAUGGUACAAGCCUGUGUAUGUCAACCCUUAAAUGUGCCAUUGCAGUCUAUGCUUCAAGCCUGUAUGAACUUUGUCUACCUUAAAUUUCCCAUUGCAGUCAAUUCUACAUGCCUCUGUAAACGAUGUCUACCUUAAAUGUGCAAUUGCAGUCUAUGCUGAAAAUCUGUGUUAACUAUGUCUACCUUAAAUGUUCCAUUGCAGUCUUAGCUAAAAGCCCAUGUAAUGGAUCCCCUGUUUUGUACUGUACCAGAUUGUGCCCCAUGUCUUGUACAACAAUCAAAUAGCAUCAAUAGAUCACGAAAUCAGUAGUUAGGCUUUGUAUACAGUAAUUUAAAUUAACUGCAUCUAGAUGUUUUAUGCAUGUUUUCUUGCCAAUGGCAGCUUUUUUACAGUGUGCACUAAUUAAUGCAGCUAGCAGAUUUGUAGAUAGUUCAAACUUUUGUACUACCUCUUGUUAUUGACUGAUUAUUGAACAACUAACUAAAGUGUUGCUAGAGUGACAUAAUAGAGGAAAAAGAUCCAAGCUUCUUCAGUCUGUGCUUACAAUUGUCAUCAUAUUGCAAAAUAUGAAGCAGAUGUGUGCAGUAGUUAACUAAAGAACACAGACUUACAGUCUUUACUAGAAAAAUAUGAUAAUAAAAUGUAUAUAAGAUUACUAGCUGUGAGAGUGUCUGAAUAACAUUAUGUCAUUUGUUUUUUAUUAAAUUAUUGGCAAACACUUUUACAAAA